CCUCCGCUCAGUGACGUCACGGAGCUGGAGCUCGCUCGUGCGGCUCCGUGUCAGGAGCUCGCGGAGGGAAACAGGGAAACAGCAGAAAGUCUUGGAGCGAGACGCGGAGCAGCGCCGCUUUCUCCCCGGACGCUGACGGCUCCGCCCGGGAACGACUUCUGGCCGCAGGGCGAGAGUUUCUACCCGACCCCGGGAGUCGUUCCGAGCGGAGAAGUUACCGCCGCUCAGGUGAACUCGUCCCCCCGGAGGGAGACGCGGGCGGCGUUGCGGUCGGUGUUCGCGACGAGGAGCCGUGAGGGUGGAGGUGGAGGUGGGGAGAGGAAAAUGUCGCCGCGCUGAGCUCGGUUUUCACCCCAGAGGAGCAGCAGAGGAGGCGCGGAGGAGCGGCUGGAACAUGGCCGAGGCUCGGUCCGAGGAGGAGGAGGAGAACCUGAGGAGAGACAGGCGGGAGCCGGUGGUCCGGAGACAGCCGCCCAGCAGCGGAGGUCGCCCCGACAGACGUAAACCGGAGCACCGCCUCAGCCAGGGUCCUCUGUCCUCCAUCAGAGCCGUCAUCAAGAGAACUUCGAGGUCCACCACUGUGUCAGAGGCGCCCAGAGACAGAGAAAGAGAAAGAGACAGGAGGCGACCAGAGAUCACCAUCUUAGCCGCGGAGCCGCUGCCCUCCACAUCCUGGUUUCCAGGAGCUGCCGCAGGAAUCCCGCCUCCUCCUCCUCCACCCGCACAAAUCUGGGGAGCCACGAUCGCUCCGACUAUUCAGCCGCCUCCUUCCUACGAGGAGGUGAUCAGGGAGAAAACGCAGGAGCAGGUUCUCCUCCCUCCUGCUCCGUCCUCUCCUCCGGUCUACAGGACAACCAUCGCCACGCAGACCGACCCAGGACCUGCUCCUGGGCCCGAGGAGAACCGCGAAAGGAGACAAGCGAGACCGCCCCGCCCGCCGCCCCCAUGCACUCCCAGAUCAACCAGCGUUGAUGACUUCAGCGUCGCCUCCGGCCAAUCAGCAGUCGGCUCCUCUGAGACGAACAGCGUCGCUACAAACACGCCUCCUGAGCUUGUAGCCUGCAGCUCUGCAGACGCCCAAUGCUCCGCCGUCCUCACUGAGCAGCGUUUACCUUCAGCCUGCGGGACUCAGACCGACCAGCGGCUCCAGAGUUCUCCUCCAGGGGACGCGGCUCCUCCUCAUGUCCAGCCGGAGCCUCCCAGGCCACGCCCUCGCACUAGGCUAAGUGGCCGGCCGGUCAGCAGCGAGGUGAAAGUCCAGACGUUGGUGAAGCUGCGCGACGACGGUUGCGCCACGCUAGCUGCCCGGGGCGACGGCGCAAAGCCAGAGGAGAGCCAGGGGAGGUACCUCCAGGAGCUGCUGGAGGCGUUCAGCUCCGACGACUGGGGCUUCCCCGAACACCACGACGGCGGCGGGGGCAGCCGGUCAGAGAGCGAGGAAGAGGACGGCGAGGACAUGGCGACGCUGAGAGCCAGGAUCCAGGCGUUCGAGCAGCAGCAGCAGGUCGCCGCUGGUAGCCGUGGAGACGCCGCGGACAUAAACGCCGGGAGCGUCGAGGGUUUUGUCGUUGCUAAGAGACCCGAACCGCGACCACGGCCUCGCCUCCAGGGGCAGCCGGCCAAGUCCGUCCCGCCUGUCAUUGCUCCCAAACCCAAAAGCUUUUCACCGCCUCCCAAACCCUCCAGCAGGGGGUUCUGGGAGGACGGAGCCGCCCCUGAGGCUCCGCCUCCUGCAGAACCGACAAAGUCCGACCCGGGAUCAGAGCUCAAGACGCCCCAAACCGGCGAAAAGCCCUCCGUGUCACCGAAACCUCAGAGCGUUACCGAACCCGCCCCUGUCCCGGCGCCGAGGCCUCCUCCGCCCAAACUCACGCACUCCGUCAGCGCCGGCUCCUCCCCGCCGAACCCCAGACCCCCCCGCAGGCCUCCGGUGGCCCCCAGAGCGAGCCUGGGAGCUCCUCCUCAGCAGGAAAGGAGCUCAGCGGAGGCAGGAGGUGAAGCUGCGCAGGACAGCGUGACCCAACCCGCAAAAGCAGGAAGUGGCCGCCCCGUCGUCAAACCGGCAGCACCGACUUCCCCUCGCAGAGCCAGCGCUCCUAAUCUGGCUCCCAGACCGAUUGUGGUACCACCAGCUCGUCCAGAUUCAAACCCAGUUCCUCCUAAAGCUCCGGCUGUCAACCCUGCUGCAGCCCCCAGACCUCCAGGACCGCCCAAACCCCCAAAUCCAGCUCCGGCCCCGGCCACGAGGAAAGGCUCCAACCCUGCAAACCCAGCGUCCUCAGACCCUUCUGUCCCUCAGCGUCCGCCAAGUGUUAAGCUCCUCCCUCUUCGUCCUCCACCAAUCAAGUUGGCUCCAGGCAGACCGCCGCCCCCAGCCCUCAGCUCAACAGCCUCGACCAAUCAGGUCGCUGCCCCUAGAGCUGCACCUGCUGGACAGACUUCCUCAGCUCCUUCAACAGCCAAUCAGAUGCAGACACAGAAGGCGGCGAAGAAAGGACCUCCUCUGCCGCCCCGGCCCAAGCCGGGCCACCCGCUGUACAGCAGCUACCCGAAACAAGAAGUGCUCAUCGUCCUGGACGAUCCGAGCCCUGCUCCCGCCGAGCCGCAGCCGUCGAGCGAAGGGAAGGAGGAAAGCAGCGUGGAGCCCCUCAUCUGCCCGUCUCAGUGCCUCCUGGAUUUGGACCCACAACCACAGCCAGUCCAAGAUAAGGACAGCGAGUCAAAGACGGCCUUAGAAGACCUCAACCAGUUAGACGUCCAGUCCAUCCUCUCCGUGCAGCCUGCUGAGCUCAAAGAGCAGCCGGACCCUCCAGCUGUCAGCGGCCCACGCUGCGUCGCUCUGUUCGACUACGAGGGAGAGGACGACGAGGAGCUCACCUUCUCCCAGGGCGACGUCAUCGCCCUGCUGGAGCUUGUUGGCAAGGAGUGGGGGCGGGGCCGCAUCCACGGGCGCACCGGGUUAUUCCCCCUGAACUUCGCAGAGGUGCUGGAGCCCCUCCCAGAGCUGCAGCCGGAGCCAUCGUCAGGAGAAACAUCUAAACAUGAGUCAGCAGAAACGGGAGAGAUGGAAAAGUCUGUGACCGUCAAACCGUCACAAUCAGAGGCAGAGGAGUGGGCGGUGGCGCUGUUUGACUUCCUGGGUCAGACUGCAGAGGACUUGUCCUUCCACAAGGGGGCGCUGAUUCAAGUGACGGAGCAUGUGGAUGCAGAGUGGAGGAGAGGACGACUGGCUGGGAGAGAGGGUCUCUACCCCGCCGCUUUCACUCAACCCUGUCAGGCUCAGCCAAUCACAGGCCAGCAGUCUGCAGCUAAAGGAACGGCUAAAGCUCUGUUUGAUUUCACAGCAGAGAACCCGGAUGAGCUCACCUUGAAGGUCGGGGACAUCCUCACGCAGGUGGAGUCUGUUGAUGAGCAGUGGAUUGUGGGAGUUGCGGGCGGAAAGCGCGGGAUUGUGCCUAAAAACUACAUUUCAUUCCUCUGAUGUGGAAUAUCUUCAGUCAGCUGAAGAGGGAAAGUUAAAA